CAGCAGUCGAUAGGCGCACUGUUAGCAGACUACCCGUACUCGACUAACCUCAAAAUAUUUUAUUUAUCAAGAAGGUUGCGGACCGGUCUCCGACGAGUUCCGUCCUGGAACUUCGUCUCGGAUGAAUCGUGAAAGGUUUUAAAAAUAAAAAAGUACGCGGUCCAACGCGUACUUUUACCGUCGUGAUUCGUUUCGAAUCGAAGUUAUAGGUGAAACAGGCAAAGUGUAUGGAUUGUGGUGCAAAGCGUUCCUCGCGUUCGAAAGAUGGGUCAUGGUACGAGCCGUUCCGCAUCCUCUGCGAAUAUACUUUCCGCGGACGAGCUGACCUUAGUGGAGAAUUUGUUCAAGUCCAUGUCCCGUAGUUCUGGUUCCAUAAAACGCGAAGACAUAUUUAAGCACUGGUCAUCCCAUUUAGACGACGUAUUAUUGCAAUUUGUGGUAAGAUUCCUAUGUCACGAACCCGGAAAGAGAGUAUCUACUAUCAAUGGAGAGAAUUUUGGACGGUUAUACGUGUUUGCCGUUCGUGGUAGUCCAGAGGAGAGAACUAGUUUAAUUUUCAAUGGUUUCUCAGAAGAGGAACAGAAACAUGAAAUACCCACCAGUGCGUUCCUUCAAUAUGUACAAGCUACUAUAAAUUCUUAUUUAAAACUGCAGAAGAGUUCUGGAAAUGCCCAUUAUCUAACUUGGAGCAGUAUUGGCUGUACAGUAAAUACCAGGAGAAUAGGAAUGCGUUCUAGAAGUCUGUGCGAAGAUCUGGUUAAGCACAGUGACUCUUUAACCAUAGAUCAAAUUGAAAAUUGGUUCUCCAUGGCUGGUACGUUCAAGGUGAUUCAGUCGCACGUCUUCCAGUGCCUUUUCUUGGUCUCCCAGAAGAAAGGAGACAAGAACACCAGUGCUAGAAUAAACGAUUUGAACCUUCUACCGAUCUGCAGAGGUUUAGAAAAUAUACCACAUUUCCCUAGUAUUCUCGGGCUGGGCGACGUUCUAUUCUUGAAUCUAAGCUUGCCUCAAGAAGUUCGCAACGAAUGGAGAUUCUUGUUCUCCAGUCAAGUUCAUGGAGAAUCAUUUUCCACUAUGCUAGGAAGAAUUACUAUGCAAGGAGCCACGAUCAUGAUACUUCAAGAUACGGACGACCACGUAUUCGGUGGUUUCGCUUCAGACAGUUGGGCGAUCGGGCCAAAUUUCAUAGGAAAUCAAACUUCUUUUCUCUUCAAAUUAGAACCAGACAUAUUAACGUUUUCCUCGUCCGGUUACAACAAUCAUUACCAGUAUCUGAAUCUUCAUCAACAAACUAUGCCUAACGGUUUGCUGAUGGGCGGCCAACUAAAUUACCCUGGUCUCUGGCUAGAUUGGGAGUACGGGAAUGGUAAAUCCAGCGUAUCGUGUACGACCUUCCAGAACUACGUACAACUCAGUGGCAAAGAAAACUUCAAGAUCAAACACUGCGAGGUAUGGGGUGUAGGCCCAAUUCCAGAGGUAGAAGAAGACUUGCGUGAUUCGAGAUCGGUUCUGGAUCAAGAUUCCACCUCGAAAGUUAUGUUGCAAUUGGCUGGACGAAAGAUGUACAGCGAGGAUUUGAAGGAGGUGAAAGAGUAGUUGCGAUACCAGAGAUUCGCAUGAAACUACAACUAUCUGUCAGGCUAUUUCAAGUAUACCAACAGCUUCCUAGAACAAGAGUCAUUGUAAAACAGUAUCUGUAAUGCGAUGAGAUAAAAAUAAUAACGAUCGUAGAUUUACGUUUGUACUUAUAAUUUCGUUUCUAAACGGCUAAAUAGAAACAAUCGGUUAUGAAUUACACGAACGAUCGUCAUCGUCAUCGUCAGCAAAUGAUAAAAUUAAAUUGCGUUUCGUAAGCUUCUUGUAUACUAACACGUUUCUUUCCACCUGCCUCGACUGUUAAUUUAAUCGAAAAGAAAGUUUCACAUAUCCUCUGCAACGGCCUGUCAUAUCAAUCAUAUCUACGACUUUAGUCUGCCAUGUAACGCUACCUACGAACACCAUGUCGCGAUAUUUAACAAACAGAUAUACAUAAUAUCGUACGAGUUGCUGUGUCUUUUGAAUGCCUAUUAUCUAGUGCCUGGUGAGUCAUCAAUCAUUUUUAAUCAGAGUUCUUGAUAACCUGAUCAAACUCUAUCGAUGAAACGUACAACAUGGAUUGCUACCAUUGUUAUAUAAGACUAUAUGGAUGUAUGUAUGUAUGGAUGUGCGCGCGGAUGUAUGUUAUUGGUAUUUGAAUUCACGCAAACGGGUUGGUUGCGUCGUCGACGAAAGAAACCCAAGGGAAAAACACCGCAUUGUUAUUCGGUAUGUUAAGAGUUCAAUAAAGAAUUGAAAC